AUGGCAGACGUCCCUGUGCCAGAGACCACUGCAGAAGAGGAGUUCGAGCUUUUUGGUCCAGGACCAGCUGCGGCAGCGCCUGAAGCGGCUGCUCAGCAGGAAGCGAAUCCGUUCGCUCCUGUGCAAGGUCCGGCUCCUGCUCCUCCGCAAGCAGCACAGCCUUCUGUACCAGCGGCGGGUUCGCCAUCUGGUGCUACUGUGCCUCCUGUGCAAAGUCCCAAGGCGUCGGCUCCACCUGUUCAGAGUCCGAAGGCUGCUGCUCCGAGUAGCAGCUCUGGUUCUGCAGGUUUUACGCCUGAGCAGAUGCCUGGAUUCAUGAUGGAAUUGCUUCGUCAGCAGAGAGAGAUGAUGGCAAUGAACCAGCAGCUCGUUGCGACGAUGCUCCGGAGAAUGGAUCUGGAGGAAGAGAGAAGGAACAAAGCGGAAGAGAAAGUUCACGAGGCAGCUGAAGCGGCCAAGCAGGCAGCAGAGGCAGCUAAGACUCGGGACCCCUUCCAGCCGAGCACUGCUCCCGCGAGCAGUUCUGCCGCGAGUUCGGCAGUUUCUCCGGCAGUUCCGUCUCCCUCUGGGUACUCUGGUGCUGGAGGCCGUGCAGAGAAGUAUCUGCCGAACCUUCCGGUGAUAGACCAUCAAGGCAUGGGGAAAGGGCGCAUGAAGGAGGUAGAGACUUGGCACUCCUUUAUGGAGACGCUGAGUUCCUGGCUUGCCCUGCAGGAAGAAGCGUUUGUUCGGGAACUGCAGCUUUGUAUCCCCGUGAAAAAGGAGAUUGUGCAAGCUGACUUGAAUCCCGAGACUGCAGCGCGUAGCUCCAAGCUGUUCUACUACUUGACGCAAUCCCUCGCCAAGUGGGAGCGAGGAAGCGAGCUCUUGAGGUCCUGCUCGAAGAGGCAGGGACAGAGCGCCGGCUACGAGGUGAUUAGAACGAUUACCUCUCAGUACUCCAUCGUGUCGCGGAUGGAAGCUGUCUUCGUGAGAGAACAGGCUUUGAAGUUGUACCAGCACGUUGGGCAUCUGAAGAGGCCCACCGACUUGAUUCGACAUCUUGAGGAUUCGUUUUCGAAGUCUGAAGCGAAGCUGAGCAACUUUCCGGAGCUUCAGCUGUCUGAGGCUGACCGCUGCUCUGUCCUUUUGCAGAGCUUGGGUGCAGAAGUGCGUCAGUACGUGGUACUGCACGGGUCCAGCUCGAACUGGGAAGCUCUUCGAAGGACGCUGACUUACUACGAGGAGCAGCUGCGACUGUGUGAGGCCCCUGGGUCUUCGGGCCGAGCCUUGCAGGAGAAGCUUUGCGACUACUGCGGGAAGAAGGGACACACAGCCGACAAGUGUUGGCAGCGCCAAAAGGAAGAACGCGGUGGUGCUCCGAAGGGCAAAGGGAAAGGAGACAAAGGAAAGCCGAAAGGCAAAGGCGACCAGACUCCCAAGGGAUCUGGCACGCCCCGUGGUUCCGAGAAGGGCCGAGUCGGGAGGAAGCGCCACAGUGAUGGCGAUGAGGUUUUCCUGUCCGGGGCGUGGUUCUUCGGAGCCCUCUUCUUCGGAUUUCGUGUUGUCAAGAAGUACGACCGAACGGCCAAUCUGUUCAACGCCUCGGGUGGUGCGAUCGUCGUUUCGGGGGUUGUCGACCUUGAGGUUCAUUUUGGAGAUGUUUUCCUGAGGUUGGAAGAGGUCUUGGUGGCGGAUGUUGGGUUCAACGUUGUUUCGCCUUGGACCGGGUCGGAACGGGGCUGGAAAACCUAUCUAGCCAAAUCGGGAUCACGAUUGUACAAAGGAAACGGAAAGAAGAGCAUCAAGCUGAUGGGCGCUUCGCGCGCCUGGUGGGCUCUGAGCGGGAGGUCCAAGGGCCGGGGGAAAGAGAAUUCUUCCAGACGCCCCCCGAAAGGGAUCGAGGAUAUGGAGAUAGAUGCCUUGAAGGACCGCGACCUGCUAGGAUCGAGCAAGGAGUCCACCGCAGGACCCCAGAAGCCUGGAGAAGGAAUCCUGAAGAAAGGAAGAAAGACUUCGGAAGAAGACGAGUCUGGUCUCCCUUUGGAGAUCAUAAUGGACGGUGCCAGCGGGGACGAGUUUACCCCGAGUGUUGCUUUGAGCAGUCCGGGCUCCCCAGGGGACCCGCCUACACCGCCAGCUUUGGAGAGCCCCUCUUUCGAACUACCGGGGGUCGAGCCGCCGGGUGGGGGACCAUCGUCGCCGGUGGCUGUCUACCCGUCGCCAGUGGUGACGGAAGCAGCGGAGAGCCCGUUGCUGGCGGAUGCGGCUGGAAGCCCUGUGGAGGAGAAUACUGCGAGGAGUCCGCCGAAGGCGGAUAUUGCAGCGAGCCCUUUGUUCUCAGAGAGCGAAGGGGAGGAGAGUUGGGGCCACAAAUGGCCGAAUCCCUCGAAGCGCCUGCGCGCUGGGGUUCCUUCAGAGGUCGAGGGGCCUACGCCACCUCGGGUUGGAAUCCCGGCGAACAUCUCGCCGGGUUCGCUGAGCCCUCCGUUUGGUGCGCUUCAGAUGGAUGUGGGAACCCAACUCCUCCUGAGAGCGUUGAGGCUGGAGGCUGGCCGCAGAUGGGAGCAUGCGGAAACACUAGGCCUUGCAAAGGUCUCGGUCGACUCUACCGAGCCUAUUCCGUUGCUCUCGCACUUGGCGGGGAUUCCAGCGAACAUGAACGAUGCCUACGAUGCCCCAUCCCUGGCGUUCUGUGCUCCAGGCCACGCCUUGAGAGCACUUUGCUCUCCGACGGCAACGAUGCUCGGUCCGAUAGGCCUGCCCGACCUAGAGCAUCCAGCUGCUUGGCUACCAGCCACUCCAGUGAUUCCGGUGACAGCGGCCUAUCCAGAGGAACCAUUGAGGGUUUCGAGGCCGAAGAUGGUGGAAUCGGAAGCCCAAUGUAUCAUUGGGCAGCAGGAAUGGGAGGUUUGGUUGGGACGUUGCCUAGAGGGCAAGAGCCUGGCAGAGUACGGGCUUCAUAUGGAAGACGUGGGGUUCGCCGUCAGGGUUACCGAACUUCUGGAGGCUCCACGGGCCGCUCGGGCGGCGUGGAAACGAAGGUUCCAGGAACCCAACCCUGUAUCUAUGUUACACUAUCUCUUCCAUUGUCGAGCUGUAUUGCAAACCUAUCUGGCUACGCCUGCUGGAUACAGGGGACUGGUGGGAGCGUAUUCGAGUCUGCUCGUAAAGGUGCCCCAGUCGGUCACCUCGCUCGAGCUCAAAACGGCUUGGGCAUACCUAGACUCGGGCAUAUAUCUCCGUGUUGCCCGAUAUUACAGGCGAAAACGAGAGGAGGAGCGCCUCCACGAGGCCCGGGAAUCCAUGCGAGCGGCAAGGGCCAAAUCGGCAGCGAUCCCUCAGGGCUCAACGAUGGAGGGCGGUGUUGUGGACACCUCCUCUUCGAGCUCCGACGAGGAAUCUUUGCUCCUUGGAGAAGGAGAAGUUACGGCGCUGAACAGGGCCCAGGGCCAAGAAGAUUUAUCAGACAUCGCGAUAUGGCGAACGUUGGAAGAACUCACAGGCCAGAGGCUGUCCCAAUUGGAUGGCUUUGUUGGGGCCGACGAGGGAAAUCAGCCCGCAGAGGCGGGACAGCCGGCACCGCCGAGCCCGGCUCCGUCCUCGGUGCCACCAGGAGAACUGGUUGCUACUGCAUUCAACCUCCCGAGGGUUUCGGCACCCAUGCUUCCGGAGGGGAUGCAAAGAGAGGACUAUCAAAGGCACGGCGUGAACAUCCCUCCGUCUGUUCCACCAAGAUCUCGUCUACCAACGCCUCCGAGAGCUAUGAGUGCUUCUGCCACAGGACAGACUGCCCAGGAACGGGCAUUUGUGCUCAGCCCGCCAUCUUUCAGCCACAGUCAAGUGACUGCGCAGGCGAGGCAGAUCCUAGAAGAGGGCCAAAGGCUCUUGGAGUGA